UUUGGUAGAUGUGAUAUUCUAUGACUGUUUUAUGCAGAUUAACAAGGAGCUGAAUAUGGAGCUGAAACCAGUGACCACGGCACUUUACGGCUGUAAUGGGGGAGAAGUUAUGUCGAUGGGAGAGGUCAGUUUGCCCGUGGCAUUGGGAUCAGGAGAGUUGAGGAAGGUGCGCAUGGUGAGAUUUGUGGUUGUAGGGGCUGAGUCGUCCUAUAACAUCAUCAUGGGGCAGACGAGCUUGAACGCAUUCCAGGCGGUCGUAUCCACGUACCACAUGACGAUCAAAUAUCCGGUGGGCGAAAACGUAGGGGAGAUUGUCGGGGAUCAGCUCACUUCGAGAAGUUGCUACCAAACAACAGUCAGCAAUAACAAGCAAUUGGCGAAGAGGCAGGCCGAGUCGAAGGGGGAGGAGAUUAAUCGACCAGGGGGAUCAAGGUCGAAGGAGGAUAAGCAGAAA